AUGACAUUGGCGUCAUACGUUCCGCUGGGCAUCGGUGCCAUCCCCCAAAUCCUCAUAUCUGCCACUUGCUUGUGGCUACUUUUCCAUCUCGGCCGCGGCAUAUAUCAGGCCUACUUCUCGCCUCUACAUCGGGUGCCGGGGCCCAAGCUUUGGGUCAUCAUACCGAUCAUUCCAAAGAUUAAGAUUCUGCUCGGGACAAUUGACCAAGAACUUCGACAACUCCAUUGCAAGUAUGGCAACGCGGUUCGCUGGAGCCCAGACCACAUCACCUUUACCACCAGUGAAGCCUGGAAAACCAUCUAUGGCCACAAACACGGACAAUUUCCGAAGUACAACAGCUCGGAACAACUUGAGCCCCAAUCUAACAUUCUAUUUGCCGACGACGCCAACCACGCCCGCAUCCGCCGCGGAGUUUCGCACGCCUUUUCACCCAAAGCAUUGGCCGAGCAAGAACCACUCAUCUACGAAUAUGUAGACAAGUUGGUAUGGAGGUUGUCAGAUGUAGCGGAGUCUCGCAUGCCAACUGAGAUGGGCAGAUGGUUCCAUAUCGCAUCCUUCGACAUCGUUGGGGACUUGACCUUCGGCGAGUCACUCGGCGGCCUUGACAACAACGAGCUCCACUAUGUUGUAACGCAUGUUCUAUUAUUCAUUGAACGGGCGAAGAAGCUGUUUGAACUCAACCGCCUCCUCGGCCCCUUGCGGUGGAUCGUGAUGCCGAUUAUCGCGAGAGAUGCCGAGAAGGGUUUCCGCGACAUGUUUACCUACACACGGUCUGCGGUCCAGCGCAGAAUCGACAUCGAUGGGGAGUUGGACCGCAGAGACUUCAUGCAAGGCUUGCUCCGUGGGAAGGACGAGAAACUGAUCAACUCCAUGGAGGAGAUCAUCACCAAUGCCAACACCAUUUUUGUGGCUGGUAGCGAUACUACAGCAACGCUCAUGACAGCUGCUACCUUCUACCUUCUUUCAACCCCUGAAGCUUACAAGAGAGCUGUCACUGAGGUGCGGAGCGCAUUUCAAUCGGCCGCGGAGAUCAACUUCACCAACGCAACCGCACGCCUGCCCUACUUGCUUGCUGUGCUCAAUGAGACAUUCCGGUUGUAUCCUCCUGUCCCGUCAGUGAACGAAAGAAUGGUUCCUGAUACAGGAGAGAGAAUCUAUGUGGAAGACUACUAUCUUCCUCCCCAUACCUGUGUUGGUGUGCACCAUUCAUCUGCCGGUCUAUCCGAGUCAAACUUCGCUCAGCCGGAGUCUUUCAUUCCAGAAAGAUGGCUUCCCGAGGUUGCUCAAGAUCCUGCCUCUCCAUUCCACGCAGACAAGCGAGACGCAAUCCAACCAUUUUCCUACGGUCCUCGCAACUGUGUGGGCAAACAUCUGGCGUACAACGAGAUGCGAGUCAUCAUGGCUAGGUUGCUUUGGGAAUUCGACAUGACCCUUGACAAAUCGUCUCUGAAGUGGACAACGCCGUACUCAGAGCAUAAGUCAUGGACGAUCUGGAAGAAGCCGACCUUGGUAGUUCAUAUCAAGAAGCGUCAAUUUCAAACUUAA